AUGCCCACCACCACAAGGAUCAUUUCUGACACCCGCAAGUCAGAUAAAGAGAAGAUCCCAGCCUAUGAGCAGAAUAUCCCUGAACCAAAAUGCAGAGCUGAUCUCAUCAAAUAUUGGAUCAACCUUACCCUGGAUGACAAGACAGCCAAUAAGAUGCUGUGGAUCACAGAGGGUGGUGCUAAGGUAGCCCGCAUGACAGAUACCGUCACCUGUCCGGUCUUGGAUAGACCAGAACGAUAUGAGUAUGCUCCACAGGUCCUUUGCAAAGAAGGCAUCUUGGGCUUCCGAGGAUACUGGGAGGUGGAGUUUUCGGGAUGGGUCGUGGUUGGAGUAGCAUAUGAGCAUGCAGCCAGGAGGAACAGUGAGGGACCCUGCGGUCUGGGAGAGAACGAGGAGUCCUGGGGUCUUGGGUGGAGCGGUUCCUGCUAUCAUGCCUGGCACAAAAGUCAGAAUAUAGAGAUCACAGGGAUUCCUAAGUGCUCCACAAUUGGUGUUUACCUUGACCAGCCCGCUGGCAUCCUUCAUUUCUAUGCUGUAGAGGAGACGAAGGAGGGAGAGGAGAGCCCAGGAGGAAAGGAGGUUAAACUGUUGCAGCAGGUUAAGAGCUCCUUUAAGGAGAAAAUGAUUCCAGGUUUCUGGGUGGGGACACAGUCGCACUGUUUGAUUGUAAGGAAGGAGGAAUGAAGGACUGACAUUAUAUUAUCAUGUCAUAGAGUCAGUGAUCAUGAGCUGACCUCUGGCUGAUAGAGGAGUGAAAUUAUGUCAUCCCAUUGUAAUAAAGCUGUAAUAUAACUGUAAUUAAACUAUUAACCCACUGAAAUAUAUUCCUUCACAUUAUAUCUGUGCCAGAUGUAUGCUGGUACAUUUCAAUAAUUAAGUGCAAUCCAGAUGGGGUUAAUUUUGGGAUUGAACUUCCUGUGUUUUGUAGACUUUCUUGAAGCCACUUGACCACUCAAGGUUUACACUGAUAUUUAUACGUAUUUUUAU